AUGAAGGUACACACCUUCAAUGAAGGUGAUUUGGCUGCUGAGAUGGACCUGAUCUGUGGGGUUCCAUAUUUUGAGAGGUUGUAUAUAUGCCUAGAGGGUUGUAAGAAAGGGUUUAUGGCUGGCUGUAGGCCAAUAAUUGGUUUGGAUGCCUGCCACUUGAAGACUAAGUCAGGUGGGCAAUUAAUCACAGCAGUUGCUAGAGACCCUAAUGAAGAGUACUUCCCACUUGCCUAUGCUGGGUUGGUACAGACCUUCAUUGAUAAUUGGCCACAAUAUGAGCAUAGGAUCUGCUGCAGACACCUCUACAAUAAUCUUAGGAAGAAUCAUCCUGGUGUUCUGAUCAGAGAGUUCUUUUGGAAAGCAACCAAAGCUACUUAUAAAGCUGAGUUUGAUAGGCUGAUGGAUGAACUAAAGGGAAUUGAUGAGGAUGCACACAGUUGGUUGCAAGAUUAUUCAACCACCAUAUGGGCCAGACACAUGUUCAGUGAGGAUGGGUUGAGUGAUACAGUACUAAACAACAUGUGUGAGAGUUUUAACAGCAGGAUUUUGAAGUUUAGAUCUAAGCCUAUAAUUACUAUGCUGGAGUCCAUCAAGGUAUAUCUUAUGACCAGGUUUCAAUAUAACAGACAAAAGAUCAUGAGAGUGGAAUCAGAGAUAUGCCCUAAAGUGCUUAAGAGGUUGCAUAGGGAAAAGAUUGCAAGCAGCAGGCAAGAGGCUGAGCAGUAUGUGCAUAGGUGUUUUCAUGUCUCCACAUAUAAGGCCUGUUAUGAGCCAGUAAUUGUACCUAUCAAUGGGCAGAAUAUGUGGAGGCCCAGUGGUGUCCAACCCGUUCAGCCUCCUAUCAAAAGAAGACCACCUGGCAGGCCCAAGAAGAAGAGGACAAGGGAGCCUGGUGAAGCAGUAGGUAGGAGAGUUGGUAUCUCCAAACAAUGUAGGACUUGUGGUAAAAUAGGACACAAUAAAAGAAGUUGCAAGGGUGAGGUUGGAGGAAACUCUUCCCUACCAGGCACCACAAACAGAACUAGUGCAGCCAAAAAGGUAACAUUCUACCAUAUCUGUCAAGUAAAUGUGUGA